ACGCCCUCGCCUGGUCCAGCUACGGCUACGGCUUCGUUCUCGCCUGGUCCAGCUACGGCUUCAGCUCCGCCGUCGUCUGGUCCAGCUUCGGCGUCGCCUGCAGCGUCGCCCUCGCCCGGUCCGGCCUCCGAGUCUUCGCCUUCGCCCGGUCUGGCCUCGGCUUCAGCUUCGCUUGGUCCUGCCUCGGCCACGCCGACGUCCGGACCACAUCCUGCGCCUCUACAGCGCCGGCCUCCUUCCAGGCCUCUGAUUGUCCGGCCUGCUCGUCCUGCACGUCCUGUCCGGCCUGCUCGUCCUGCUCGUCCUGUCCGGCCUGCUCGUCCUGCACGUCCUGUCCGGCCUGCUCGUCCUUUCUGGCCACUUUCCAGGCCGAUGACUGGACGUCAUUGCCGUCGUGGACGGCCCCCUUCCAGGCCGAUGAUUGGGCAUCCUCGCCAUCGUGGCCGGCCUCCUGACCUGCUCCGUCGCCGCCGGUGCCUCCCGCCCGGCCGGCCUCCUGAACUUUUUUCUGGACUCUUGGGCCCCCUGAACUUUGUGUGAAGUGUUUUUCCUGGCCGCCUGCACCUUUUGUGAGCCUUUUCUUGGUUGUUUGGAGUUGUUUUCUGGGUUUCGGUGUUUGCUGUUUUCUAGCUCCUUGUGUUUAGUUUGUUUCGGUCCCUCCGUCCUGGA